AUGGCUGGUGUACUCCAAAGUAUGAUGCCUGGAGGGACAUUGCCGGAUACUCUGAAAAAGUUUAUGCCACCUCUUGAAUCUCAGCCCGAGGCGGGAGAUGAUUCCUAUCAAGAGGCUACUCCCGACUCACAUUCCCGAUCUACACCUCCACGGGAAGAUUCUGAGAAAGUAGCGUAUGUGGGGUCCCACCUUCCGGAGCAUACGAAAGAAGAAAUUGCAAGAUGCCUGCAAGAAAAUUCAGACGUAUUUGCUUGGAAACCAAAAGAUAUGCCAGGAAUCAGUCCAGAAUAUCAACCUCGACAAGCUAUAAAAGGACAAGCGCUGGUUGACUUUAUUGUGGAAUGUACACACUCUGGAAAGGCAACAGAAAAUAGGCAGGCAGAAUGGUUGUUGUUUGUUGAUGGAGCAUCUAGUUCACAGGGAAGUGGUGCUGGGAUAGUACUCAUAUCCCCUGAGGGAGAAACGUUAGAGUAUUCCCUACGAUUUGCUUUUCCUAGUACUAACAACGUAGCUGAAUACGAAGCAUUAAUCACUGGAAUGAGGAUAGCAAAAAAAUUGGAAGUAGCACGAUUGGUUGCUCAUAGUGAUUCUCAGUUGAUUGUGCAGCAGUUUCAGGGACAAUAUGAAACCAGAGAGUAG